GAAAGUCUAACCAACCGACCGACCUGUCUCCGUUUAUCCAAUUUCAAUUACGGUUGUUUUUGGUUCAUCAUCGUCAGAUUAGAUAUUUUAGUGAUGUGAUGAAUUUCUCCAAUAGUCACUCAUAAUAAAUACAAGAAAAUCCUAACAAAAUUAAGAAAUCUUGUGGAGGAAAUGCCAAAGCCAAAAGCCACCAGAUUGUAGAGGGCCUCUCUCUAUCUCUCUCUCUCUCCCUUCAUUAAUUUCACUAACAUAAAAGUCAUGCUGCAUUCAAUUACAGUAUAGUAGUAUUAACUGUGGAAAUAAUUUUCGAUAACGGUUGUUGAGGAAGAGGGGAAGAAGUUCUUGAGUUAGUGGUUUUCUGAGUGAUCCAUUUUCCCAGAUCAAUUUUUUCAGAUUCAGUUGUAAGGGAAAAAUGGGUUUGAUAUCUGGGGUUGUGAUGGGUAUGGUAUUCGGGAUCGCGUUAAUGGCCGGUUGGCAACAUAUGAUGAGGUACCGAAGCAAAAAGCGUAUCGCUAAGGCAGUUGAUAUAAAACUACUUAGCUCCCUUGACAGGGAUGACCUAAAGAAAAUAUGUGGUGAAAACUUUCCAGAGUGGAUAUCUUUUCCAGUAUUCGAACAGGUUAAAUGGUUGAACAAACAACUUGCAAAACUCUGGCCAUUUGUUGCAGAUGCAGCAGAGGCUGUGAUAAAGGAAUCUGUGGAACCUCUGUUGGAAGAUUAUCGUCCUACUGGAAUCACAUCUUUGAAGUUUAGCAAACUGUCUCUUGGAACUGUGGCGCCUAAAAUUGAGGGUAUUCGUGUUCAGAGCCUUAAGAAAGGCCAAAUCACCAUGGACAUUGACCUUAGAUGGGGUGGUGAUCCAAACAUCAUUUUGGGUGUUGAAGCUGCGCUAGUUGCAUCUAUACCCAUUCAGUUGAAGAAUCUUCAAGUUUUUACAGUUAUCCGUGCUAUCUUUCAACUUACCGAUGAAAUCCCUUGCAUAUCUGCAGUUGUUGUUGCUUUACUUGCUGAGCCUAAGCCAAGGAUAGACUACACGUUAAAGGCUAUAGGUGGAAGUUUAACAGCAAUUCCUGGUCUUUCAGACAUGAUUGAUGACACUGUGAAUUCCAUUGUGACUGACAUGCUCCAAUGGCCUCACCGUAUCGUUGUUCCUGUUGGUGGCAUACCUGUUGAUUUAAGUGAAUUGGAGCUCAAGCCACAAGGGAAACUCACAGUGACAGUAGUGAAGGCAAACGACUUGAAGAACAAGGAGUUUAUUGGAAAGUCAGAUCCAUACACAGUUGUCUAUGUCCGUCCAUUGUUCAAGGUUAAAACGAAGACCAUUGAUAACAACCUGAAUCCUGAGUGGAACCAGACAUUUCCUUUGAUUGUUGAGGACAAGGAGACGCAGUCCCUUAUUAUUGAGGUUUUUGACAAAGAUGUUGGGCAAGAUGAAAAGUUGGGUGUUGCAAAAGUGCGUCUGAUUGAGUUGGAAGCUGAAAGGUCAAAGGAGCUUGAAUUAAGGUUGUUGCCAUCCCAUGACAUGCUCAAAAUAAAAGACAAGAAGGAUAGAGGAACAAUUACAAUUCAGUUAUUCUAUCAUGAAUUCAACAAGGAAGAGCAAUUGAUUGCCCUUGAAGAAGAAAAGCAGAUCCUAGAGGCAAGGAAGAAACUUAAAGAAUCAGGAGUGUUGGGGAGUACAGUGGAUGCUCUUGACGGAGCAGCAUCAGCAGUUGGUUCAGGCAUAAAUGCAGGAGUAGGGCUAGUUGGAAGUGGUGUAGGUGCUGGCGUUGGCCUGGUGAGUACUGGCUUUGGAGCCGUAGGUAGUGGGCUGUCCAAAGCUGGAAAAUUCAUGGGCAGGACGAUUACCGGGCAGUCUAGCAAUCAUAGGAAGAGUGGUUCGUCCACCCCUGUAAACUCCGUUCAGGAGAAUGGUGGUGCCAAGCCACUAUAGAGAGACUCUUUAUGAUAAAUUUUCUGAUUAGAUGUUGUGAAGAAGGUAGGGCUGUUGAUUAGGUUUUCAUUACUUAUGCUUAUAUAUUUUUGUUUGGUUAUAUUGGGAGUUGUUUGAAAAUCAAUUGGAUAAAUUCUUAAACCGCUUUGGGCCAAAGCUGUAGUGGUUAUGUGUUGCCUUGAGCACGAAUUGUGAAUUUGUGUAAUCACAGUGUGCAACCUCUCUGCCACUUUAUUUGUGUAAUUUGUGACAGAGUUAUGGUCGACUUGUAGUUGUAGUAAUAAUGUGCCGCAUUUUCUACGAAAUAAAUUGGUUUUGUUGCA